AUGAUGCUGCUGCGGCUCCUGCUCUCCACAGUCUUUAUCCCACUUCAUAAUGCUCGGGUCAUCGGGGGCCAGGAAGCCUCGCUUGGCUCCAGACCCUACAUGGCCUACGUGCAAAUCGGGUCAACGGGAAGCUGCGGAGGGUUCCUGAUCCAGGAGGAUGUGGUGGUGACGGCGGCUCAUUGUAACUGCAACCUGGGAAACAUCUAUGUCUACCUGGGAGUCCAAGACUUCAUGAAGCCGGGACAGAACUGGCAACGGAUCCGGGCCCGUCGCUGGAUCCAGCACCCUGACUUCAACAAUGAGAACUUUCACAAUGACAUCAUGCUGCUCAAGCUGUGGCACAGCGUGGAGCUGACCGAAUGGGUGGGGCUUGUCCCCCUGCCGGAGGCUGAUCACCUCGUCAGCCCAGGCUCCGAGUGCAGCGUGGCCGGGUGGGGUCGGACCGGAGUGAACACCACCACCGACAAGCUGCAGGAGGCAGAGCAGGAGGUGGUGUCGGACGGCCUGUGCAGAGAGCGGUACCGUCAUUACAACCCCAUCACCAUGCUCUGCGCCGGCAGCCCCCACACCAAGAAAUCAGCAUUCCAGGGCGAUUCCGGCGGGCCCCUGGUGUGCGACGGGAUGGUCCAGGGCAUCAUCUCCAAUGGAGAUCCGGAUGGGCGCCCCCCCAGCAUAUACACGAGAAUCUCCAAAUUCAUCCCCUGGAUCAACGAAACUCUGCAGAAGCUGAGUUAA